CCUCGGCUGCUAGGCACCGAGUCGGGUCGGGAUCUGCCAGCCGGGCCUCGGCUUCAGCUCCGCAAGCUCGGGACGCACCCGAGCGACCCAGGCCCGACGGCAAGUUCGGGCGGGACGGCGGUGGCCGCACGCUCAGGCUCGGCUUUGCGGCGCGCCCAGAAGAUGAAUCCAGCCUCGGCGCCCCCUCCGCUCCCGCCGCCCGGGCAGCAAGUGAUCCACGUCACGCAGGACCUCGACACGGACCUCGAAGCCCUCUUCAACUCUGUCAUGAACCCCAAGCCCAGCUCGUGGCGGAAGAAGAUCUUGCCCGAGUCGUUCUUCAAGGAGCCCGAUUCGGGCUCGCACUCGCGCCAGUCGAGCACCGACUCGUCGGGCGGCCCCCCGGGGCCCCGGCUGGCCGGCGGCGCCCAGCACGUCCGCUCGCACUCGUCGCCCGCGUCCCUGCAGCUGGGCACCGGCGCGGGCGCGGCGGGCAGCCCGGCGCAGCAGCACGCGCACCUCCGCCAGCAGUCCUAUGACGUGACCGACGAGCUGCCGCUGCCCCCGGGCUGGGAGAUGACCUUCACGGCCACCGGCCAGAGGUACUUCCUCAAUCACAUAGAAAAAAUCACCACAUGGCAAGACCCUAGGAAGGCGAUGAAUCAGCCCCUGAAUCACAUGAACCUCCACCCUGCCGUCACUUCCACAUCAGUGCCUCAGAGGGCCAUGGCAGUGUCCCAGCCAAAUCUCGUGAUGAAUCACCAACACCAGCAGCAAAUGGCAUCCAGUACCCUGAGCCAGCAGAACCACCCUACUCAGAACCCACCAGCAGGUCUCAUGAGUAUGCCCAAUGCGCUGACCACUCAGCAGCAGCAGCAGCAGAAACUACGGCUUCAGAGGAUCCAGAUGGAGAGAGAGAGGAUUAGAAUGCGCCAAGAGGAGCUCAUGAGGCAGGAAGCUGCCCUCUGUAGACAGCUCCCCAUGGAGGCCGAGACUCUGGCCACAGUCCAGGCUGCUGUCAACCCACCCGCCAUGACCCCAGACAUGAGAUCCAUCACAAAUAAUAGCUCAGAUCCUUUCCUCAAUGGAGGACCCUAUCAUUCGAGGGAGCAGAGCACUGACAGCGGCCUGGGGUUGGGGUGCUACAGUGUGCCCACGACUCCAGAGGACUUCCUCAGCAACGUGGACGAGAUGGACACAGGAGAAAACGCAGGACAGACACCCAUGAACAUCAAUCCCCAGCAGACGCGUUUCCCUGAUUUCCUUGACUGUCUUCCGGGAACGAAUGUUGACCUAGGAACUUUGGAAUCUGAAGAUCUGAUCCCCCUCUUCAAUGAUGUAGAGUCUGCUCUGAACAAAAGCGAGCCCUUUCUCACCUGGCUGUAAUCACUACCAUUGUAACUUGGAUGCAGCUGUGACCUGACAUUUCCUGGGCCUCUUGGAAAAAGCGGUGGAGCAGAGCAAGUCUGCAGGUGCACCGCUUCUGCCUUCAUGACUAAUGCUCCCUCCUUUCCAUGUGGCCAGUUGAAUCAUUGCCUAGUUUUGAUUGACAGUAACUUAAGUUAAACAUAAGUAAAUAUUCUAUUUUCAUUUUUUGCAAGCCUGCAUUCUUAUGACAGAUGAUGCAGAAUUGUGUCUGCAGGAUUGAAAAUGCAGGAUUGCUUUUCUUUUUUUCUCUCUGCUGCCCCAUGGCUAAGCUUUAUGGGUAUUAAUUGAAAUCUAUACAUCAAUUGAUUAUAAACCAUAAAAAGCUGACCACAGGCAGUGAAUUCUGAUGGGCAGCUUGGUCCAGGAAAUGUGCACAAAAUUAGACCUGAUUUACAGUUUCAAAAACUGUGUUAAUGACAGUAGUACCAAAUGCUUUAAAAACUAUUUAACUUGAGCUUUAAAAAUCAUUGUAUGGAUAGUAAAAUUCUGCUGAAAGGAAUAUGAUGUAGUUUUGAAUCCAUGCUGGCUCCAAUGGCUCUUACUACUCUGUAUUUACAAAGGCACACACAGUCCUAUCGUAGUCUAUCCUUCAUCGUGUUACUGCAUAGCAUCUAGACAGCUUAGUCCUUCCAGCGGAGGGUAACCGCAUCAUUAGUCACAGUUUGUACACUACAGAUUUUCUGAAAGAGACCAGUUUGGUACUAAUUACGAGCAUUUAAUAAACAGAACUUUUUGAAAAUUGCAACUUGGAUUUUUAAAAAUUGCAGCUUAGAAUUUGAUGUUUAUUUUAUAAAGCACUGUAAUUUUGUAGCUGAUGACAAAGGCAGACAAAUGCUUUUGAUAAAUUGAUGGCGACUGUAUUUUUGUCUUUUGAAACUAUUCUGAAACAUCAGGACAACAUAGAUUUCAACCUGAUGGCACUUGCAAUAAGCUGUUGCUUUGUAACUUCUGAAGCCUUGUCAGGUUUGCUUUCAAGAUUUCAUAAGUGUUUGAAAUAAUCCUAUCUAUGAAGCUGUUUGAAGGAUGAAGCAGAUCUCUGACUGACGUAUAAAAAAGUGCCCUCAGAGGGCAUAGGGUGGAGAUACAUGUUUCUGAAUUCAGUAAAAUUGAUUCCUAAAUGUAUUAUCCUAACCCUGUUUGCUACAGUUGGUAUAAAAACACAUGAAAUAUGUAUUCAAUACCUCUUAUGUAACCAAAAACUUUUUUUUAUUAGCUUUUAAGGACUAAGAGAGCAUCCUGUUCACCUGGCAUGGGGUCUGCCUGCAUUGCCAGUGAAGUCCUCAACUGUUUAAUAUUUUGAACUGACAUUAUUUAUAAUCUAUGAAUUUAAUCUCUUUUUUGAAAGACAUUAAUAAUUCAGGUCUCUGAGAGGAAACUUCAAUUCCCAUAAGGGGCUUAUUUGUUGGGGAUCUUAAAUAAGAGCCUUUUUGACCUAUCAGAAUAUAGAUAUACUGAGUACAUUUGAUCUUGUUGGGAAGAAGGCAAGUGAAAAGGUCAGAGAUGAAGUAGUGAAGUUAUGGAAUAUAGUGAAAAGGAUACUAGUUGUGAAAUGGGAAGAGACAAGUUAUAAGCACCCCAAAAGCAAGACAAGCAGGAGGUGUGAGAGGUGCCCCAAAAGAACAAAGCAGCAAUCUUCUAGUACAACCUUUAUACCAAAAGACUCUGUUGCAGAGGACAAGAAGCCUUUGGUGCACUUUAUAUGGGCAGAGGGGGCAGGGCCAGCAGGGCUUCAUCCACGCUGAUACUGAACAUGUAGGCGGAUGAAAGCAUAGACCUGCUGUUGCUUCCAGCACUAGGAAGAGAUUUCUUUUUCCUGAAGGACCCAUGGCUUAUGUUCCCCUGAUUCCUUUUGUUCUCUCUAAGCACUCAGAGAGAUGAGGGUAGAUGUUUAUGUUGCUACUAAAUUGAAGGGAGCACUAUUUCUUUUUCUUUUUUGUUAGCAAAAAUUGCAAAAAGAGUUGUACAUUCUUUCAAAAAAAAAAAAAAAAAAAAAAACAAGGGACCUAACAAAGCUCAGCAGUGUUACUGUAUUUUUAAAAAAAUAUUUUUAUAGACUCAUUUUCAGGUUAUUAAAUGUAAAAGAAACAGGUACCCCAUCUUUUUUUUAAAAGUAGUUAAAUCAUUGAUGGCUUAUAUUACCAAUUUUUAGAAGUAAUUUUCUAAUAAGCUUGUGGCAUUAGAAAAUACUAGAAGAGUUUUCUUAGUGAAAUUAGUUGGAACAUUUGUUAAAGAAUAUAAUAAAUAUUUUUUCAGAAUAAAAAUAUGGACCCUUGAUUCUGUGUUUACUAAUAGAUAAAGCCAGAUAUAAUUUUUUGUUGUUGUCUUUAAGGCCAUAACAUAUGGUCCUUGUUACAGAACACUAAAGCUAGAAAUCUAAAGUAAGAGCAACUUUUCAGUGGCUAUUUCCUGUUAUUAUAAGUGUUAAAACCCCUGCAGAAUUCAUGAUAAGGUGCUAUUUAUACUAUAUUUCUUAUUAUAAAAAUACUGCCAGGAUAUCUAGGCUUUUUCAUCCUAAAUCAAUCAGUAAAUUCACUAUUUCACCCCAAAAUUUUGUCAGAGAAAAGGCGUAUUAAAAAGUAAAAUUGAAAAACAAUUUCAGAGAUCUUCCUUUCAGGGUGUUUUUUUUCCUAAUAAAAUACACUUUCUUGAAGUAAAUACAUUGUCAAAAUCUAAUUGUAAUUCUGUUAAGUCUAAGUGAUUGUUAGACAGUGUUUCACCAUAGUAUUUAGGAUGUGAAAUGCUAUUUUUUUCAUUGACUACACAAUAUACGUGAAGCACAUAAAACAGUAAAAAAUUUAGUGUGUGGGGUGCUGUUGACUCCGACUUGGUAGAAAAGCUCUCUGCAGGAGAAGGUGAUCUGGAGUGAGAGACGUUUUGCUAAUUAUAAGUUAUGUUCUCUUGAUGUAAUUAGAAAGUAACUUCUGAAAGUACAACAUAUGAAAAAAAAAUAAGCUGUUAAACAAAAAGGAAGUUGUAGAUUAAUUUAAUUGGGAAAAUGGGCAAUUGACAGAGACCGUUUCCCUAACACACUACAUCAUUUAUGUGCUAGUACUUUAACUUUUUACAAAAUUUACUUCUACAUUUUGUAAUAUGAAAUAUGUCUGUUUAUUUUUAAUUUAGAAUGUGAUACGUACAGAAAGUAAUGCAGCCAAAUCAAUCAGAUCAAACUAUUUUACCUGGAGUUUGGUACUGGUUUUUAUUUCUGAUUCUGUAUAAGAAAAAUAAAUGCAAUUGAAUUUCCACUUGGA